GGUAAAGAGUUUCAUUAAGUGGUGUAAUUCCGGAUCUCAAGAGGAAGGUUACAGCCAGUACCAACGAAUGCUGAGCACUUUAUCACAGUGUGAAUUUUCAAUGGGAAAAACUCUUCUGGUGUAUGAUAUGAACCUGAGAGAAAUGGAAAAUUAUGAAAAAAUCUAUAAGGAUAUAGAAAAUAGUAUAGCUGCAGCACAUGAGAAGAUUUCUGAAUGCAAAAAACAAAUCCUGCAAGCAAAAAGGAUUCGAAAAAAUCGCCAGGAAUAUGAUGCAUUGGCCAAAGUUAUACAGCACCAUCCAGACAGACAUGAAACAUUGAAGCAGCUAGAAGCUUUGGGAAAAGAACUGCAACAUCUUUCUCACAUUAAAGAAAAUGUUGAAGAUAAGUUGGAGCUGAGAAGAAAGCAGUUUCAUGUUCUCCUGAGCACCAUCCAUGAACUUCAGCAAACCCUGGAAAAUGAUGAAAAACUUUCAGAAGCUGAAGAAUCUCAAGAAACUCAGAUGGAAACAGAGACCAAGCAGUAGAUGUAAUAUGAAGAGUACUGAAUAUGCUACUGAAGAAUAUCCGAGUAUCUUCACUUUGUAUUGAAACAAACAGUAAGAGAGAUGGAGCUGAAAAAUAGUUUUCUACUGUUCCUGUGAAUUUUUAUACAAAAAAUACUUGUUUUGCUUAUGGUUCAGUGGAAAACAGUUACAGAUCUGUGCAGACAGGCACUUUGCGUUAAUCCACAAACUUUGUAAUUUGUGACAAGAAAUAUAUUUUGUUUCACAAUGGAUGAAGCUUCUGCACAGUACUUGUGAACUAAGGUGUUUGCAAAACGUUGUCAAUAAAAGGUCUU